AUGGCAAAAGCUUCUGCAAGCUUUUUUGAGAAAGUUUUGCUUUUCAAUCUCGUUUAAUCCUCGAUUAUUUUUUGCAAUCUGUUCUUCACCCAAAUCGCAGAAGCAAGUGAGAUACCUGUUUAUCCUUCCUACGGACUUUUUUUAGCUUAAAUUUGAAAUUUGUGCUCGAAUUUUGAAUUGUUUACGUUUGGUUCGAGAGUGACCGUCUGCAUAACUCAGGGCCAUCGAAAAUUUGGUAUCCAUUGGUGUGUAUAAAUCGCAAUCAUGGACAAUCCUCCAAGUCAAACUAUCUACAUUAACAAYCUAAAUGAAAAAGUCAAGAAAGAAGAGUUGAAGAAGUCUCUCUACGCCAUCUUCUCGCAAUUUGGCCCCAUUCUUGACAUUGUAGCCCUCAAAACCCUGAAAAUGAGAGGCCAGUCAUUUGUAGUGUUUAAGGAUAUAGCUAGUGCUACAAAUGCACUGAGAUCUAUGCAAGGAUUCCCUUUUUAUGACAAGCCAAUGAGAAUACAGUAUGCUAAAAGUAAAUCAGAUGCAGUGGCCAAGUUAGAAGGAACCUUUGUACCAAGAGAGAAAAAACCAAAGGAGAAAAGAAAAGCACCUGAAGCUGCACCAGCUCGUCCUGCCAAGAAGGCCCAAGCGGUACCUCAGCAAAUAGCAGCAGUACCACAAGUCRUUCCUGGAAUAAUGCCUGGACAGCCUGUUAUGGCUCCUAAUGUGGCACCUAUGGGACAGCCUCCAAUUGGUAUGAUGCAACAGCAAGCACCUGACGUUCCAAAUAACAUCUUAUUCUUGACCAACUUACCACAAGAAACAACAGAAAUGAUGUUGUCCAUGUUGUUUAACCAAUUUCCUGGUUUUAAAGAAGUACGUCUUGUCCCUGGUCGAUCAGAUAUCACCUUUGUAGAGUUCGAAAACGAAGUACAAGCAGGAACCGCUAAAGAUGCUCUCCAAGGAUUCCGAAUAACACCAUCUCAUGCGAUGACUAUCUCUUUUGCUAAGAAGUAACACAAGCAUUGGAGUAUUGUUUUUGAUGGCAUUGCACUUAGCCAUUGAUAUUGUACAUUUUAUGUAUUGUAAAUAUCAUGGCAGCAUUGCACUAGGCUGUCUUCGUUCAUUCUAUAUUUUGUAAUUUCAUUCUUAUAUUUUCUGUGCUGAAUCUGGAGUUUGAAUUUAUCUUGAGUUUAGCUACAUUUUAUUUAGGAAGACUUUUUGUCAAUGAUCAAGAUAAGUUACAGUACACAAAACUUUUUGAUCUCUCACUAAACCUUUAUUACCCAAGUUUAAUAGGCACUUGUUGGUUUCAAAAUUGAUUUCUUAAUCAAAAAAGCCCUAAAAAUUUGGAAGUUGUUAGGUUACAGAAAAAUAGCUCCAAGAGAAACGUUAUACCAUACUAAGUGUAGAAAGCAAUUUAAGCUGAUAGCUUCAUGCAUUGCACUCAGCAGAAGAAAGAACAAGUCUGGUCCCAUUCAUUGCACUUUGUAUGGUUGUACUAGACAAGAUACUAAGAACAGUAUGUAUGUUUCAGUGGCCUUGAGAAGCGAUUUCAAUAAAACUGAAAAAUACAACUGAUUGAAUUGUGUAGUUACUAGAACUGAAUAAAAAAAUUGUCAAUUUAAAA